CACCUUGCGGGUUUCCGCAGAACUACUACGUCAAACUCUUGCCUUUGCUUCGUGUUGUCGACAAGUUCGACUUCGCCCUGCCAUCUGCUAGCCGCCUGGUUAGCUCAGAGGAUUCGGCUUUCUGCCGCGCUAGCGAGCGGACGUGCCGAUUAUGAGCUCCGUAGGAGCGGCUUCAGUGGCCCAGCAGGGCCGCGGUACCAGGAGUGUUGCCUCAGAAGACCCGGAAUACCAAGUUUUGCUGCCUCAAUUGCCGACAGGUCGGAUAGUUUUAAAUACUGUUUUUCUGCAUGCGGAUGUGCCUGCCAGGCCGUAUCGUGUGGAACAUUUCCGAGAUGCGUUGGCUAGCUUAGGCCUACUUCCUGAUGUCAUCGCCCUAGGGGCGUAUCAGAUGAGCCACGUCUGGGCGGUGACUUUCAAGAGCGACGAAGGCGUGAAGAGGCUUUCAAGCGCCAAGAACCUCAAGGUGAAUGAACAUCGGUGCAUUGUCGUUGACCCAGCCAAUCAGGCCGUGCGGCUGAAGCUGCAUUGGAUGCUUCAUAACGUGUCGGACGAGGAUAUACGGACAGCCCUGUUACCGUUCGGAAAGGUCACGGACGUUUUCCAUGAAAAGUGGCGUGUUCAAGGAGUUCAAGAUAAAGCAUCGUCGACACGGGCGGUGUCCCUGGUUCUGAAGACGGGUAUGACCGUAGAAGACCUGCCCCAUCAACUUCGUGUAGCUGGUGAGCAGACCCUAGUUGUGGUACCGGGCAGAGCACCCCUUUGCCUGAAGUGCCGAAACACCGGACAUGUCCGACGUGACUUCCGCGUCCCGAGAUGUGCAGUAUGCCGUCGCUACGGCCACCAGGACACGGAAUGUGUUAAGACUUACGCAUCCGUCGCAGGACCUGCACUUCGAGAGCACGUGGCUGACCUGUUAAUGGACGAGGCUGACGUUGAUGAGGCUUCCCGCGUGCUAGUAUCACCGGCGGACACAGUUGCAACACCUUCUGUGCCGGCUGCUAAAUCCACGAAGGUGGCAAAUGUGCUGCCUACGGACCCGAAAGAUGCAGUGCAAAGGGCAUGCGACGAAGGAACCAAAGAAGAAUCGGCCGCGAAAUCCGCCACUGCCGAGGAGACCGCCACGAAGCACGGACCGGCAACUCCCUUGAUGGACGUCGAAGAAUCGAGUACAAGCAAUGCGGCUAUGAAAAGAGCGAGGGACUCGACCGGCAACCUGGACGGCAACCUUGACAACGGGGCCAAAGACGAGCCGCCGCCAAAAGCGCAGGCGGGUCGUCGUGUUCCCGUGCGCCUGAAACCAAAGAUCCCGCCGGACAGACGGCCGGCGGCAAAACUGCCUAAGUAGGACCCGGCGCCUACUGGGGCGCCCGGACUAACGUCAUGAAGAGAUGGCGUCCUUUUUGGAAUCGGGCUUCGCGUACGCUCUAAAGGUACGCGUGUGGAUCGAGCGGUUUUCAGUGGAAAAGUUAUGCAUGCAAUAUUUUCUGCAGUCUGUCCUGAUCGCUUGUUCUUCAGCGGCACCGUGCGAUCGGCUUGCUUUUGCAGAUAAAUGGCGGUAAAACUAGAGAGAGCAUUGAGAGUUUCCACGCUAAAUGUUCGGGGCCUUGGAGCGCGAAGGAGGCAAUGUCAACUUAGCCGCCUGUGUAUCCAGAAGGAACUCGAUGUAGUUGCCUUACAAGAAACUAAAGUCGAAACCCAAGAGCAGACCGAUCGCGUGGUGAUGCCUUUCACGGCGCAUUACAAUGUGUGCGUGUGCCAUGCGAAUGGCACAUCAGGCGGAUGUGCGUUAAUACGGAAGAGUGCUGGUAUUAUUGAAGAAAGUGUAACUGUUUGUGAAACUGGUCGCUUGCUUAUUUUAGAUUUUUCUUUUUCUCACGAUUUGUGGCGGCUCGUAUGCGUUUAUGCGCAAAACAAUGUGAAUGAUCGAUUUUUGUUUUUUGAAUGUAUCGAGCAAUAUCUAAAGUGUGAUCGCUUCGUCAUAUUUCUUGGUGAUUUUAACUGUGUGUUCUCCGGAAAACCGACUAAAAAGUGAAAGGGUUCGCGAUAAAAGUGCUCUCCUUUUGAGCAGAUUAAUUGAAGACCACAACUUAGAAGAUGUGGGCCGAGUCCUCACUGAUGGUAUGAUUCCGCAGUACACGCACAUUCAGCGAAAUAGCCGAGCAAGGCUGGACAGAGUGUAUGUUUCUGACGACUUGAUCAUCCUUUGUAAUAGUAUAACGUCGCACCGCAAUCGUUCACGGACCAUAGCUUGGUAAGCUUCUCGAUUGGGGAAAAAGUUAAAAGAACACGAUUCAACUGGAACAUGUGGAAAUUCAACGAAAGGCUGCUUGAUGAUGAACCAUUUGUGCGCAGAGUUAACGAAAAGAUAAGAGUUGAUGACAAAUGAGGAUGAAUAUUUUAUUGCUACAUGGGAGGAAUUUAAGAUUCAAAAUAAGUUCAUUGCAAUAGAAAGAGGAAGCAGCCUUCAGCACGAUAAAUUACAGAAACAAAGAGAGCUGAAAAGACAGCUGGAAUAUCUGUCAAGCGCACAAAAUGCGGAUCACGAUCAAUUAGCUGAAAACGUAAAGAAAGUAAGACACGAGCUUGAAGUUAUCGACGCCGAGCGAUACAAAGCAGCAGUUAUACGCGCUAGAAGCGAACGCCUAUGGAUGGGUGAGAUGCCAAACAAACGGGCAAUGAGCGAUGAAAAUCGUCACGCGUCAAGAAAUGAGAUCCAACAGAUACGUCUUCAAAGCGAGGUGACGUCAGACGCUUUGUCGAUCGAGAAAGCUUUUGUGGAGCACUAUCGCGAAUUGUUCGGCAAUGUGACACGUUCUGGACUGGUCUUCGAGAGUGAAUUCAUGAGCGAAAUGCCAAGGUUGGAUGACGACGUUAGAGAAAGUCUUGAGAGACGAAUAGCGGUGUCCGAGAUCGAAAGGGCGAUAGAAGAGCUGCCGUCAGGCAAAUCGCCAGCGCCGGACGGCUUAGGCGCCGCUUUUUACAAGUCAUUCAGUCAGGAGUUUGCGUGUAUAUUGUACCGACUACUCUCAGAGGCGUAUGAAUUUAAAAAAAGUACCACCCUCAUUCCGGACUUCACACAUAGUAUUAAUUCCGAAAACAGAUGACCGGGAAAAGCUCCUUUCAGUAGGUUCAUACAGACCGAUAAGUCUGACCAACACAGAUUACAAAAUAUUUAUGAAAGUACUGGCUCGACGGUUUCAAAGCGUGAUUCAGCAGCUUGUAGGGCCACACCAGACGUGUGGCAUUAAAGGCCGCACCAUUUUCACGAACACCCACAUUGCAAGGAAUGUGCUCGAAUGUUGUGAUGCCAUUCUGGGUCGGGUGGCAAUGUUGCAGCUAGACCUUGCGAAGGCGUUCGACCGGGUGUCACAUGAGGUGCUUUUCGCUAUACUGCAGUACUGUAAUGUUGGGAGCAUCAUUGUAGAUGGCGUUAAAAUGGCUUAUGAAGACUGUUACACGCAGCUUAUAGUUAAUAAGUGUCUUAGUUCACGGGUACCAGUCCGCUCGUCUGUACGGCAAGGCUGUCCCUUGUCUCCUUUGCUUUUUGCCCUGUACCUCGAACCCUUUUGUAUGGCAGUCAUACGGGAUGAAAACAUUCGUGGUUUUAGGCUGCACGCCGCAGAAGUUAAAAUGCUAGUUACGCAGAUGACGUCGCCGUCUUUUGUGAAGACAGGGAAAGCGUGGUCGAGGCUGUCCGCCUUGCAAGAGCCUUUUGCAGGUACACUGGUGCCCAGAUAAACUUCGAAAAAAGUGUUGG